AUGCGAACAGAAGACCUUAGCUGUGAGUCCAUGAGCGUUGGUGGGGUUACAUUUCCUCUGAAACAGAAAUCCAAAGACCCUCAGGCGGUAGUGUAUUCGGUGAUGUAUGACACUGAAGGGGUGGCGCACACCAAACGUGAAUGUUGGACUCCACUUCAUGUUAUAAUUCUAAUUCUAUUCUAUUUUUUGCACAGCCAUUUGUUUCCCCUCUACAGCUUCCACAGCAUCGAGUACGAGUGCAAACCUAAUGAGACUCACAGCCUGAUGUGGAUCAGUAAGGAAACGUUUUGUGAGAAAUUACUGACAGCUUUAUGAUGCAAAUUAGA